AUGAAUUUUCGACUUCAAGUCUUCUUCGUUCUCCUAUCCAUCGUUGUGUCCAAUGCAUCGGAUCCCAUAGAAGAAAAAAGACGAAAAGACUUUUUGUCCGUCGUUAACAAUCUGCGACGUGAUAUUGCCAAUGAUUUACGAAUUCCGUAUAUGCAUGAAUUGGUCUAUGAUGACAGCCUCUACCAACAAUAUGACAUUAACUUCAAAGGUUUUGCUUCUUCGUUCAAGUUUCGUAGUUAUGAGGAAUUGAUACGAUAUUUGCGUGUGAAUGAUGGCUUGAAAAGAAUAACUAAUGACUCAAUAAUUUAUUUUCGAAACAAGACGUAUUACGAAAUUGGAUUGAUUAGCAAAAUUGCUACACUUCUCUCUCCACUACAAAAACAGAUCCGAUGUUCUAAACUGGAAGAUGGCGGUUUGAAAUGUGUACUGGGGCCAAUAAAGGAACCAAUUUGGUGGUACUACUCCGAAGGGGAACCGGGAUCCUUGUGUGACGAUGGUUACUAUAAUUAUGAUGGGUUGUGCAUCAUGAUCCGGGUGACUACCACAGCGACCAAAGUAUUGAGCACGACCACUGCUCGAAAGGCGUAUUCCAAUGAGGAAGAGGGUGAUGAAGAAUGUGAAUGCUCAGGCUCUACUCGACUUCAGACAAUUUUGGUUACUCUUUCAGUUAUUGUGUACUACUUGUUCUAA